UACCAUGUCAAGCCAAAAUUGAACAACACAAAAUUACGGUAAUGUCAUCUUCUACACUUCAACAAAGAUCACAGGGUAAGCAAAAGGCAGAAGAUGAUCCAUUGGCAAAGUUGGACGAAGAUGGAUCAGCAGAACCACUUGAUGAACAAGAGCAAGAACAAAUUAUUCAAUCACUCAGAGAAGCCAAUGAGAAGUCCAAUUAUAUCUUUCGAGCUUUGAUGCUUGUAAUGCUGGGGUUAGUGGGUGUAUUGUACCUUACGCCUAUUCCUGAUUAUAUUACCGGAGAUCAUCCCGAAAGUCAUUUGACAAUGCUUUUCCAUACUUCUCAUAUUCAUGAAGCAUCUCAUGAUGAUUUGAUUCGAUUACCGGCAUUCCCAAUCUACCUCGUCUUACUCUUCCUACAAGGUGGAUUGCUGUUCGGUGGAAUUUACGAAACAAUGGAUCGCAUGGGUAUGAUCCGCUCAAAAGGCCUUGCAUUCCCACAACAGCCUCAUCAAUUCGGCACAGCACCUGCAAUCUUGGCACCCGUCUUGGCCGAUAUUCGUUGGCAUCCUACACAUUCUGGCAUUCGGGCUGAUAAAGAUGAUAGACCACCUCCAGUCUGGACAACAAUUUCACCACGUUUGCUUUACUUGUGUUUGCUUACAUUGGCAAGUACGCCUUUACCAUUAAUGACUUUUGGCGCUGGAAAUUUCAUCAAUGCUGGUUGGUGGGCUAUCACGACAGUCGCACUGACCGUUCUUUGCAUUUGUGAAGGAUUGAUUGACAAAUUCGAAAUGGAGGCAGUCGGUCUCAACGGUAUGAAGUAUGCAUAUAAAGGGGCGUAAACGUUGAACAUGUUUAGUUUCUAUCUUCUUUCUCUUCCUCAUCACAUAUGUACGAUAUAGCACUCCCCACAAAUCAAAGCUUCUCUAAUGUACAUAAGAUCUUGAAAGAAUGUGAAUAAUACAACA